ACCACACUUUUCUCUCAGUGAGUAUACAUACAACGUUUUUAAAAAUUCUUAGUGUCAUCAUUUCAUCAGCCAACAUUAUUAGAUAGACCAAAAAUGAACGAUUCAAAUGAAAGUGAAAAAAUGAAUGAAAAUGAAGAUGAAAAAAUGAAUGAAAAUGAAGAUGAAAGUGAAAAGAAAGAUUUUGUUGGAAAAUCUUUAGAAAGUGUUUUGGGAGGAAUCAAGGGUCAAUCCCGAUUCGCUUUUAUUACAAAAAAAAAUUUUAGUAGAGAAACUGUUGCUGGAAUCCGUGAUAUGAAUUUAGGAUCUAUCAAGAAUGGAAAACCAAUUGGAAAACCGGUUAUUCGUUUCGAUAAAGGAUUACCAUCCAAAACUACACUUAACAAUCUAUCACCUGGCCAACCAAUCCCACCAAGCAAACCACAUAUAAAUAUUGAUCCAAAAGGAUUUUCAAGUGCUAAAAAUCCACAUAUCUAUGUGAAUGAAACAGUUAUUAAUGGUGCACAAACAUUUCAGAAAAUUUGUGAAUACGCUGGACCAGUUUUGACUGUUGGCGCAGUGGCUAUCGAAGCUUGGAGAUUAAAGUCAGCUUUUUCAGAUGAUCUGGAAAUUAAAAAUAAUAAAGAUGAAAUUAUUAAAGAAUUAAAAGAUGCUAUCAGGCAAUUGAAAAACGAUUUGAAAACCGAAACUGAUGAAGAGACAAAAAAAUUGAUUGAAAAGAAACUAGAAGAAUGUCGAAAAUGUCUAAAAGAGAUGAAACGAAAUUUUCCAAAGACAGUGAAAAAAGGAGCUGAAAUUGCUGGUGGCUGGACAGGUGGAUUUGCUGCCGGUACCGCUGGUUCAUCAGCUGGUUUUCAAAUUGGCGCAACGGUUGGUACAUUUGUUGGUCCUGCUGGAACUGUUGUAGGAGGAAUAGCUGGCGCAUUAAUUGGAGCUAUCGGAGCAGGAAUAGCAGGCGGUUAUGGUGGAACUUGUGCCGCUGGAUAUUUAGCCGAAAAAGGUAUGGAAUAUUUUGAUAGUGAUGAAGAUGAUGAAGAAGAUGAAAAUGAAAACGAAAAAAAUAAAGACGAUGCAGAUGAAGAAGAUAAAAAAGAAAACGAUAAAAAUGAAGACGAUGAAGAGAAAAAGGAUAUUUGAUU